GCACAGGCUGUACCUUUGAGGUAAUUUGUAUUUCUGAUAUAAUUUGUUCUAUUUCCUAAAUUGGAACCGUUAAAAUUGAGCACAGAGUUUGUGUUUUGACAUAAUUUAAUACGAGAACGUAGUCUGACCUAUUCGAAUACAUUUCGGUUCGUCAGUCCUGCGUUCAAACCGAAUACUGGCAGUUCGGUCGCUACGAAAUGUUUCGGACCAUUUUCUUUUUUUUUUCUUUGCUCACAUAAUGAGUAUACAAAAUCAACAUUUAAAGAUGGGUGUCAAGUGGUUUGGUUCAAAAGUCGUGAAAGCAGAUAAAGUGAACAUUUUGCAAAAUUCUGAUACAGAAGGCUUGUUAUCUUGCUUUAAGUUAUUGCGAACGGUAAUGCAGUGAAUCAACUUGUCGAGACCAAGGUUAAGAUUGUUUAUGUACAUGCGAUGCAUUUUUCUGUAGUGUUGUGGCGGUAUUGAUCCUAACAGCGCAAUCCUCAAAGCUGAACAUGAGCUAAUUGGGGAAGUAGAUGUCGAAUCAAAAGAUCCUAAGGAUUUAAGACAGAUCAUUUUUGAUCUGUAUAUUAUGAACUUAGAAGCAAAGAUUUCUGAAUCGGAACGUACGAUGGGAAUUGCGUUUCGAUCUAUCAGAGACUUCGACAGGAGGAUAACUACUCUGGAAGAUGAAAUCAGAAAUUCCAAACUAAAUCGAAUUGAGAAUAUUGAUCAGUGUAUGUCCAAAAAUAAUCGAGUUCCCUAACUACAUGAAUGAUUCUAGAUAUCAGCUGUAGAACCAACUAUUGGACCGGUGAUGCAGCCAUGUAUGCUUUGUAUCGUAAGAGAAAUUAUUCAUCCUUUUACCCUGGCCAACUAGCUAAUAAUCAAUCUUAUAACGUGGUGACAUAAUCUGAUUAAUGUUCAUUUUAUGUCCCAAACUUAUUAUUAUUAUUAUUAUUAUU